AUGCUCGCCCGCUUAGCAGACAUACUCACUGGCACACGCCGCAGAAUCAAUCCAUCGGUAGUUCUCGUUCUACGGCGUCCACAUUCGACCAGUUUGCUACACAUCGUGCCGGAAACAGGCGACGUGGAGUGUGUCAAGUACACAUCACCAGCCUUUACUCACCGAGGAACUACAGAACGAUCUCGCGAACAAAUAGGUACGGUCUCACUAUACGACACGAAGCACGACGUGGACGAAUUUUUGAAGGAAAUCAGCACGCGGGCGACAAAGAUCUUGAGCGGACACGAGACUCUCAACGCCGGAAGUGAUAGUGUUCUACCAAUCGAACAGGCUUUGCGGUCUGCGGUAUCCGAGAGCCUAGAGAGUCGGUCGGGUCAUUCUCGAAAGACUGGAAACCAGUCUUUCCCGAUCUUCUUGGUACACAUUGAUCGACCGAAGCCAGGACAGAUAUUGACAGAUGACGACUUGACGAGCUUUCCCAAGUAA